AAAGUCUUUCCAGGAUUAAAGGAUUGAUAAAGAAUAAAUAUUACAAGAUGAUACAUACAAUUUGAAACAGGUGUGUUAAGAUUGUGCCACAUUAAAGGAAACAAACAAACAUAGCAAAGCCUGAACAUACAUCGAAAUCGAACAAAUGUAUAAAAAUCAUGAAUAGCUUAUUGCAUUGUCCAGCGCGUUUCUCUGGUGCCUACAACAGACAGGAGAUACAACAAUUUAUUAAAUUCAUAAAAGCCUAUAAAGACGUAAAGUGCAUAACGGAUGAGCAGGCAUUAUUGGAAUUUAAUUAUAUUUUGACAGAUAAUGCUUUCAGAUGGUGGUUGAAAACAAAAAGUACAAUUUCAACAUGGUCUGAAGCUCUGUAUGCUUUGGAAAAUCAAUAUUCAAAUGAAAGACCUAACCACGUCAUAUACAGUAAUAUGUUUGAAUUAAGCAGGAAGGACAGAAAUAAUAUGGACGAUAUCAUUGGUGACCAAUAUGAGCUCAUGGAGGAAUUGACAAAUGUGCCCCUUGUGAAUGAGCAACACAAACUAGAGUUCAUAUAUGGUAUGUUGCCUAAUAGACUGCAGACGAUGACGAAAUUUACUGCAACAUCUUUAGACGCAUUCAAAGAAAACUUAAGAAAAGAAAACAAUGGCUUGUAUAAAACCGAUGUUCAAACGGAACCUACAGAAACAAACAUCGUCGCAUUUUCAUAUAAACGCCAAGAACAAGAUUGUAAUGUUUCGAAACACGUUACAGAAGCUGAGCUAAUGACUUCGGAUUUAUCCGAACCAUUACACAGCGUUAUAGCUGGCACUGCAAAUACAGAAAAUCAUCAAAACCUCCAAAUUAUUUCUGUAAGAUCGGCUGUUGACAUUUUCGAAGAUUAUCAAAAUAUACAACGUAAAGAAGUCGUAAAUUCAAACGAGAAUCCAGGAAAUUCAAAUAAAAAAAAUCGUAACAAAAGACCACGUUGCAAAUUUUGUCGCGGUCGUACGCACACGGUGGAAAGAUGCUUAAAGCUAAUUGCAAGAAAUCUCAAAAGACAACUAAGUCGAGAAACCGAAAAGAAUAAGAAAGACACAUUGGCCACUGAAACAACAUAGAAGACCUUCGAGGAAAAACAACAGGGACAACUAUAUAUCGGAAUCGGAAAUUAAUUUCUAUCAAUUUCCAGAAAAAAAAACUUGCGAAGUAUGUGGAGCCACCUGAUAAAAAAGUGCGCAUCAGAGAAUAUCAUUACACAAGAUAUGUCAAGUGGAGUAAAUCAUCCAGCAUAUAAUCGUUAUCGUCAUUAGCCAACUGGAAAAAAAAUCCUAAAAACAGCUUUUUGACAAGCCAAAUAUCAGAAACAGUUGCAGAAAAUCUAAAGUAUGCCAUUGCCAACAGGAUAGACUGGAUAAAAUCGAACAUAUACAAUACUUUGUGAAUUUAUGGCACAUUUUUUAAAUCAAUCCUGUGACAUAAUUAUUAUACAUAUAUUUAUUAGAAUGUGUUAUUUUAAUGAAUUCAUUAACAUUUCUCCAGUAUAUACGAAUAUAUUCUGACAUUAUAUAAAAUA